AUGGAGCCCGGGGUGAAGUGGUGCGGCCCGAACCCCCCCAUAGCAGGGCGAGGUGGUUUGGUCCAUCCGUCACGUGAUCGACUGUUGACUCGUCGCCUGGCUACGGCAAGAUGGCGGCGGUGGAGGCGGGAGAAAUCUGAAGUUUUCUCAGCUGAAUUGGAAUCUGAUGGUCGCCCUGAACUGACAGAGAUGGAGCAGAUGGGAACAGAGAGAGAGAACCCUUCCCCCAUGGCUUCAGGAACUGCUAUGCAGGCAUAUACAGGGGAGCAGAACAGCUCCACAGAGCCAGAAUCUGCCUUGGAGAGGUUUAGUCAGCUCACUAGUGAGCAUGGAGGUCAAAAAUGGGAACAGAAAGGCCAGCAGCUUGCAGCUGAAAAUGAAACGAGUGGAAGAAGUAAUGAAGCAGCAGAAGAAACGCAGCUGGUUGUCUUGGAUCCAGAACAUCCUCUAAUGAGAAGAUUCCAGACUGCCCUCAAGAAUUACCUUACUAAGCAGAUGGAAAAAGUGGAGCUAGAUCUUCGAGAACUGAGGACAGCAACAAAGAAGAGCAAAGAACAGAGAGAAGAGCUUGGGGUGGUUCUUUAUGGUGUGCAGCAGCAGCUGGCCCAUCUGCAGCUGGAGCUGGAGAAGAGCCACGACCGUUGUUCUCAGGCAGCCACAGCACGUCGGCAGCUGGAAGAGGAACUGGAGAACCUCAGGCUGACAUACCAGAAAGUGUCUCAGAAUACGGAUGAUGAGCGCAAGAAAGUUUCUGCGAUGCAGACCCAAGCAGAAAACUUGGCCUCACGUCUCUUGCACAUGCAGAAUAUGGAUGAGGAGAUGCAUUAUAAUAUCAUAAUGAUGAAGCAGUCAACAAAGAAGGCUGAAGCAGAGAAGGUCCAGGCUGAGGUGGAAAAGAAAAAACAGGAUCUCCUAGUGGAACGCUUAACAAGAAAAGCCUAUGAACUACAAGAACAGAUUGCUCUGUUUGAAGCUCAGUUUGUGGCCCAGGCAGAGGACACCAAAGUAACUCGACAAGCAGUGAAUGAGGCCUGUAUGGAGGUGCAGGCUAUUAACAUGGAGAAGAAGCGCUUGAUGAACAACUGGACUAACAGCUUGGCUGGACUGAAGCAAAGAGAUGAGGCCUAUAUUGCUGCACAGGAGCUGCUGAGCAAGUACAGACAUGACCUCAAGUCCAUAGAAACAAACAUCCAUGGCUAUAGAAAGUCAAUCAGGAAGGAGGAGGAGAAGAAUGAGAUGCUUGUCACUAUACUGAACCGUUCACAAAAUGAUGCCAACACGACAGAGAAACUGAUUGCUCAGUGCCUUUCAAAGCAGGAGGCUUUGAAGCUUAAAGCUGGUACCUAUGCUCACAUUCUGGAGGAGACACAGCAGGCUAUCAGCAGGAUCAAGAUGGAUCAAGCUGCUCGUCUAAAUGAGUUGUUAUCCAUCAGUAAGGAUAUACAGAAAGGAACUGAAGCCAAAGAGCAGAUGGAGAGUGAGAUCAUGGCGAAGCUGAAGGAGCAGAUGAUGUCCAACAAAGCAGAAAAGCACUUCUCACAGCUGGUUGAAAAACUUCAUCAGAGAAAAACAGAUCUGGAGAUACAUUUUUCCAAGGUUGAAAAUGAUAUGAGCCAGGUUAUUCUGAACACAACUCAGACUAACUGCAGGCUGACAGUCCUUCAAAAAACGCUGUGUGAGCUGGACAAGGAAAUAAAGAACAUCCAUGAUCUAAUCAAUCGGAGUGAAAGUGAGAUCUCAAAGGCCAACCAACUGAUUGAGAACAAGCAAGGGGUCAUCAGGCAGUACAACCAGAAGUUGGAGGUGCUUCUGUCUAAGCAAGGGGGGCAAGAAUUGGGACCAUUGGAAAUUGAGAUCAAUAAGCUGACCAAGGAGAUAGAAGAAUGUAAUUCCGAGGUGAUGACGCUGCAGAAGCAGUGGCUCAAUCUGCAGAGAGAGCUGCUCAAGCUAACCCGUGAGCAGGAGGAGCAGCUCACCUCCUUGGACAUGUUAAAGAAACAGAUCACAAUAAUGCAGCAGAAAAAAGUGCGCACUGAAAAUGACAUCCAACAGGAAAUUAAAGAGCAGAAAGACCUCGAACGUCACAUGAAGAGCGUAUCCAAUGACUUGAUAAAGCUGAACGUGUUGAUCAACAAGAACGAUAACAGCUUCACAGAGCUGCAGUGUGGCAACAUUAUCACAGAGAAUGAGUUCGUACGCUCUCUGAAGGCAGCAGAAAAGGAAUCAAUUGAGAUGCAGGAGAAGCACAGCCAAUUGACUGAGGAGAAGGAAAGACUCUUAAACAGCCUGGUAGAAGCAGAGCAUCAAAUCAUGCUGUGGGAGAAAAAGAUCCAGCUGACAAAAGAGAUGCGCUCAGCAGUGGAUUCUGAGAGGGGACAAGGAGAAAUCCGAGCCAUGAGAGCAGAGAUUCACAGAAUGCAGGUCCGCUACAGCCAGCUGAUGAAGCAGCAGGAGAAGAUGAUUCGUGACAUGGAGGCAUCUGUUUCUCGUAGAGAGACCAUAGCACUUCUUGGAGAAGGUCAGAACAAAACAGAUAAGAAACGUAUCACCAAGAGCGACUUCUACCGCAAGAAAGAAGAGCUGAGAAAGAAGAUUGCUGAAACCCAGAAGAAUGCUCAAGACUGCAAUAAAAUUAUCCUGGAGCUGGAGAGCACCCAAGCAUCCCUUAAUGCCAGUCUGUUGGAAAAGCAACAGGAAAUGUGCAUGCUGCAGACUGAGUCCCAUGGCCUCGAUUCACACACAGAAUGUCUUCGGUACAAAAAGCGAUGGAACCUUUUGGAGAUUGUGGCCUAUCAGACUCGCCAGAAGCAUCUGCAGGCGCUGAAGGAAGGGAAGUACACACCUCUGUGCAGCUCCGAGCAGGCCUGCAGAAACGAGCAGCAAAAGCUGCAGGAGAGGCUCCGUGCUGUCAGUACCGUUGUCCAUCGGGUGCAGCAGGAACAGCCGCAGCACCGCCCAGCCCUGCAGUGGCUCGGGGAGUGCCUGGAAUCCGAGCUGGGCUCGCAGAAAGCCUGAUAGGUGUGAGCCAAAGUGUGGGCAAUGCAAACAAGGGUGAGAGGUGGGUAGGUUUUAUAAAGAAAUGUUAAAAAAAAAACAAGAUGCAAAUCCUCCUUAAA